CUGAGAUAACGUUAGUUGCGGGUUUUAGUCACGCAGAACCUUGAUUAAAAUCAUGGACGGGCUUAAACAGUUAAACGAAGAAGCUUUGCAAGACCUCUACGCGUGGAUAGACAAGAUACCGCUCUCCAGACCCAAACGGAAUAUUACUAGAGAUUUUAGCGAUGGAGUUAUGGCCGCAGAAGUAGUGAAGCAUUUCUUCCCUAAACUGGUGGAUCUGCACAACUACACGGCCGCGCAUUCCACGCAACAGAAGCUGAGUAACUGGAGCACCCUGAACAGAAAAGUUUUCUCUAAGCUGAAUUUCCAUGUACCCGAGGAGACGAUGAAAAAAAUUGUAGUCAGCACAGCGGGCUGCAUCGAACUAGUCCUUUGCUCUCUGAGAGAGAAGAUAGAGGAAAAACAAGCAGGAAAACAAUUAGAUGGCACUCAGGACUUGGAAUAUUACAGUACUAUAAAUGGACAACCCAGAUCAGUUAUUGAGGCCACUCACACCAAUCCAGCCACUGUGAAGAAGAUAGGCAAUGUAAGUCCUGCUGUAGCCUUGGGACCAAAUGUGGAUCCAGCUGUCCGUUUGCUCUUGGAGGAAAAGGAGCAAGCCAUUUUGGCUUUACAGGAGACUGUUGAGAUUUUACAGAUUAAGGUAGACCGAUUGGAGCAUCUUGUGCAUCUUAAGGAUCUACGCAUCGAGGACUUGACAAAGCACUUAGAGCGAUAUAAGGCACAUAACUCAUGAUCUCAUUAUUAAAAUACAGAGUCAUCAUCAGGAAUUUUAUUUCAGGAAGUACAUACUAUAUGCACUUAAGAACCUUAAUAAACUCUUACAGAGAGCUGGUCUAUUGUCCAUAUGAAAUCAUCUAAUUUUCCUCACCUGUUUUCUGACCUGUGAUAGUUGACACUCUGAAUAGAAGCACUGAUGCCAAUAAUAUAUUAUAUCAGCUGAGACCAUCUACAGCAGUGUAUUCCUUACACUGGAGCCCACCUGACUUUGGCAGUAAAGUCUUUAUUCCUGGGGACAUUUCAUCAUUUCUGCGGAUGGUUUAGUUUACACCGAACAGUAAAUGCAAUUACUAUGAUAGUGUUUUCAUUUCAUGUAGAAUUAUUGAAUAUUAUAUGUUAU